AUGUUCUUCUCAAAGGUCGCAUGUGGCGCUGGCCUCCUUGCCAGCCUCGUCUCGGCAGCUCCCAGCCCAAUCGCUCGCCGACAAGCACCAGGUGCUCAAAACGUCGUUUACUGGGGUCAGAACGGUGGCGGGACGGUUGAGAAUAACGAUCUGUCGGCAUACUGCACCCCAACUUCCGGAAUUGACAUUAUUGUUCUUUCUUUCCUUUACCAGUGGGGAAAUGGAGCAUCAGCAUUGGGUGGUACUAUCGGUCAAUCUUGUGGAAUUACUACCUCCGGCCAGCCUCAGAACUGUGACGCUUUGACUGCGGCCAUCACGCAUUGCAAGAGUGUCGGUGUCAAGAUGAUUCUGUCUCUGGGCGGUGCCAGUGCUUUCUCCUCAUUCACAAGUGCCGACCAAGCUUCACAGGCUGGUCAGUACCUGUGGAAUGCUUAUGGAGGAGGCUCCGGUGUCACCAGACCUCUUGGAAACAAUAUUAUGGACGGAUUCGACUUGGAUAUCGAGAGCAACCCGGGUGGAAACAACAUUUUCUACGCUUCUCUUGUCAACACUCUUCGAUCCAACUUUGCCAGCGACCCAGCCCACAAAUAUGUCAUCACCGGUGCUCCCCAGUGCCCUAUCCCCGAACCCAACAUGGGAGAAAUCAUCAGUAAUGCGCAAUUCGAUUAUUUAUGGGUCCAGUUCUACAACAACAACGACUACCCGGCCGAUCCCUGCUCCCUUGGUCUUCCUGGAGACGCUCCGUUCAACUACAACAACUGGACUUCGUUCCUUGAAACCACCCCGUCCAAGAACGCUAAGCUCUUCGUGGGUGUUCCUGCUGCUCCUCUGGCAGCAAAUGGCGGUCCGGGCGGUGCCAUCUACUACGCCACCCCUUCACAACUGGCCACCAUCGUCAACGACGUCAAGGGCAACUCGAACUUCGGCGGUGUGAUGAUGUGGAGCGCUGGCUUCUCCGAUUCCAACGUCAAUGACGGCUGCAACUAUGCCCAGGAGGUCAAGAACAUCCUGGUCAAGGGAACUCCUUGCUCUGGCAGCCCCAUCUCCGUCUCUCAGUCACCAACCCCUCCGGCAACCGUAACUUCCAGUGCACCUGGAACCUCCGCGACUCCUCCUCCUUCAGGCGGUGGCUCCGUCCCCCAAUGGGGUCAAUGUGGCGGCAACGGAUAUACAGGCCCAACUCAGUGCGUUUCGCCUUUCAAGUGCGUUGCCACUUCUGAAUGGUGGUCUCAGUGCCAGUAA